GAACAGAAUCCCUGACACCAUUGGACAUACUAGGCACCAAUGGACACCACUGGUCUUGGAUAGAAAUUCCAAGAACGAUCAAACGUCUGGGACCUCUGCUCCCCUCUUGUCCUAACGCUCCAACCAUAUAGAACCAGUAGAAACUGCACUGUGUAUUGAAUCCAUUGAACCCAUUACUGUCGAAGUGAGAAGAAUUUGUGCAACACUAUGUUGGCAGAACUUACGAAUGAAGUAUUAGCUCAAUUACGUGAAAAGUUUUAUGAAGACAGCCGCAAUAUAUUAGCACAAAAUAUAUGUACAAGAUCACAUCCUAUAGAGGCUUGUAUUUCACGAAAAGUUUUGGAGGAGUCACAACAUGUCUUUACCCAUAAGAUUGAAACAGAAGGAAAACCUAUUACAAAUCAAAAGCGAUCUGGAAGAUGUUGGUUAUUUGCAAUUCUAAAUGUUAUAAGACCUAUAUUUAUGAAGCAAUAUAAUUUGGAUGAGUUUGAAUUUAGUCAAUCAUAUCUAUUUUUCUGGGAUAAGGUCGAGCGUUGCAAUUAUUUCUUACAUAAUGCUGUAAAAAGUGCUAUGAGAAAUGAACCAGUAGAUGGUCGCUUAGUGUCAUACUUAUUACAAGAUCUUUUAUAUGAUGGAGGACAAUGGGAAAUGAUUGUUAAUAUUGUAAAUCGUCAUGGUUUGGUUCCUAAAAGUUGCUUUCCUGAAUCCUACAGUUGUGAAUCUAGUUCUCAAAUGAACAGUAUCUUAAAAAGUAAAUUGAGAGAAUACUGUAAAGUUCUCAGGGAUAUGGUGUCUAAUGGGGCAUCAGACGAAAAAUUAGAAGACAAGAUUCGAGAACAAAUGAGUGUAUUGUAUCGAAUAAUUGGUAUCUGUUUAGGCAUUCCGCCAGAAAAAAUCACUUGGGAAUAUUAUGAUAAAUCGAAGAAUUAUAACUGUAUUGGACCGAUUACACCAUUGGAGUUUUAUAACAAAUUUGUAAAACCAUAUUAUAAUUUUGAUGAUAAAGUAUGUUUAGUAACAGAUCCAAGGUCAUCUAAUCCAUAUGGUAAACUUUAUACAAUAGAUUACUUGGGAAAUGUAGUAGGUGGAAAAUCAACAUUAUACAAUAAUCAACCAUAUGAAGUAUUAAUGAAAUUAGCCGCAGAAAGUAUAAAACGAAAUGAGCCUGUAUGGUUUGGAUGUGAUAUAAAUAAACGUGUAAUAAGCAAACAGGGUAUUGUCGAUAUGAGAUCACAUGACUUAAAAUUAAUGUUUGGGACAGAUACAGACAAUCUUACUAAAGCAGAUAGAUUGAUUUACGGAGAUUCUAUGAUGAUGCAUGCAAUGGUAUUUACUGCAGUUUCAAUUGACGAGAACGGCAAAAUUAAAAAGUUUCGGGUAGAAAAUUCUUGGGGAGACGACCAUGGUCAAAAAGGAUAUGAAUUACUAACGGCAGAUUGGUUUUCUGAAUUUGUUUUUGAAAUAGUCAUUGAUAAAAAAUUAGUACCUGCAGAUGUUUUGGAAGUAUUUAAACAGGAACCUAUUAUCUUACCUGCGUGGGAUCCUAUGGGUACUCUUGCCCGCUAAUGAAGAUCUAAACUUAAAUAUUUAAAAAUUAGAUCGGUUUCAGUUAUUAAUCGUAAAAUAAACUUCUAAGCACAUUCGUAUAACGAA